AUGUCGUCAGUUGAUUCAGAAAUAUCAAUACUAGAAAUGGAAAUGAAAGUCUUGGAAGCUCUGAAUUAUUACUUAAUCGUAUUCCAUCCUUAUCGGCAGCUUCCUUUGUUGCUCCAGGAUGCUGGCAUGCAUGAUGCAACACAACUAACAUUUGUUAAUGAUACUUACAAGAUGGAUUUGAUUCUCAUACAUCCUCCUCACUUGAUAUCAUUAGCCUGCAUAUACAUUGCAAGCGUCCAAAAGGAAAAGGAAAAUACUGCCUGGUUUGAAGAGCUUCGAGUUGAUAUGAAUCUGGUGAAGAACAUUGCAAUGGAGAUACUAGAUUGCUAUGACAGCCACAAGCUGAUCACUGAUGAAAGGGUGAAUGCAGCCAUGAACAAGCUAGCCAAAUGAUCACAGGCUUGUAUUAUCAGCAGCCUCCGGCCAUGAGGCGUGUAUGUGCUAAACCUGAAAGAUUCAGUUACAUCUGUAGAACCAAACAAUGACUAUGCUGUAAGAGA